AUGCUCCAUAAAAAAACUGAAAAAGAAAAAGUAAAAUUUGCGAGGAAUAAUAUUUGUGGAGGUGAAGUUGGAGGUGGCAUUGAGAUGGACAGCCUUAUCACCACAAUUCCAUUUGGAUAUCCCAAUCAAUGAAUCAAUCAAAUCUUAUAUAGUCCACAAAUACUCUCCUCUCCUCCAAAAAUGGCGUCCACCACUCUCACUCUCACCCCUCCGCCGCAUCUCCAAGACCUCCACCGCUCCUGCCCCGCCUCCCCUUCCCUCUCUUUCCGAAAACCCACCAAAGAAAACCUUAUCUUUUCCGCUGCCGCCCAAAGCUUAUCCCUCUCCCCCUUACUUCUCCAGUGCCAUAGGGUGUGUGACAAUGCCCGCUUCUCUAAAUCAUUCGUCGUCGCCGCCGUCGCUACUGAAGACGAGGUGGCCGAAGAACAGCAGCAAGAAGAAGGCGGCGCUGCUGUUGCGGUUGCGACCAAGCCCAAGAAAGGCAAGGCUGCGUUGCCUUUGAAGAGGGACAGAACAAGGUCGAAGAGGUUUUUGGAAAUUCAAAAAUUGAGAGAAAUCAAACAGGAGUAUGACAUAAAAACAGCGAUAUCAUUGGUCAAGCAAACAGCAAGCACAAAGUUUGUUGAAACAGUCGAAGCUCAUUUCCGCCUAAAUAUUGAUCCCAAGUAUAAUGAUCAACAGCUGAGGGCAACUGUAAAUCUGCCAAAGGGAACUGGUCAGACUGUUAAAGUUGCUGUUCUUACACAAGGUGAAAAGUUUGAUGAGGCAAAAAAUGCGGGAGCUGAUAUCGUUGGUGGAGAGGACUUGAUAGCACAGAUUAAAGGAGGAUUCAUGGAUUUCGAUAAACUGAUUGCAACACCAGAUAUGAUGCCUAAGGUUGCGAGCCUAGGAAAGCUUCUAGGACCACGAGGGCUGAUGCCAAAUCCCAAAGCUGGUACAGUGACUACAAACAUACCACAGGCAAUAGAGGAAUUCAAGAAAGGAAAAGUUGAAUAUCGAGCAGAUAAAACUGGGAUCGUCCACUUACCUUUCGGAAAGGCAGAUUUUUCAGAGGAAGAUCUCAUUGUAAACUUUCUCGCUGCCGUGAAAUCAGUAGAGGCGAACAAGCCGUCAGGGGCAAAAGGUGUGUACUGGAAAAGUGCUCAUGUAUGCUCGUCGAUGGGGCCGUCGAUUCGGUUAAACAUUAGAGAUAUGCUCGAGUACAAGCUUUCUUAAACUGCUGCUUCACACUAUACAUCUAUAACAUUGUAGAGUAUCUUCUCUUUUGUAUCAUCCAUUUCCAGAAUAUGUAGUGUAGAAUAGGCAAAUGGAUUCGACAGGCAAGAGCCAAAGAAAAAUGAAGUGGAAGUUGUCUUUGCUUGUA